AUGAUCUCAUCUAUUACUUCCAUUUCUCCUAUUCUGACAUCCGUCUGUCUCAACACAGAAUCCUCCACCCAAAACCCUCCACCCAGAAUCUUCCACACAGAACCUUCCACACAGAACCCUCCACACAGAAUCCUCCACACAGAACCCUCCAUCCAGAACCCUCCAUCCAGAACCCUCCACACAGAACCCUCCACACAGAAUCCUCCACACAGAACCCUCCACACAGAACCCUCCACACAGAACCCUCCACACAGAAUCCUCCACCCAAAACCUUCCACACAGAACCCUCCACACAGAAUCCUCCACACAGAAUCCUCCACACAGAACCCUCCACACAGAACCCUCCAUCCAGAACCCUCCACACAGAACCCUCCACACAGAACCCUCCACACACAACCCUCCACACAGAAUCCUCCACCCAAAACCCUCCACCCAGAAUCUUCCACACAGAACCUUCCACACAGAACCCUCCACACAGAAUCCUCCACACAGAACCCUCCAUCCAGAACCCUCCACACAGAACCCUCCAUCCAGAACCCUCCACACAGAACCCUCCACACAGAAUCCUCCACACAGAACCCUCCACACAGAACCCUCCACACAGAACCCUCCACACAGAAUCCUCCACCCAAACCUUCCACACAGAACCCUCCACACAGAACCCUCCACACAGAACCCUCCACACAGAACCCUCCACACAGAACCCUCCAUCCAGAACCCUCCACACAGAACCCUCCACACAGAACCCUCCACACAGAACCCUCCACACAGAAUCCUCCACCCAAAACCCUCCACCCAGAAUCUUCCACACAGAACCCUCCACACAGAACCCUCCACACAGAACCCUCCACACAGAAUCCUCCACACAGAACCCUCCAUCCAGAACCCUCCACACAGAACCCUCCACACAGAACCCUCCACACAACCCUCCACACAGAAUCCUCCACCCAAAACCCUCCACCCAGAAUCUUCCACACAGAACCCUCCACACAGAACCCUCCACACAGAAUCCUCCACACAGAACCCUCCAUCCAGAACCCUCCACCCAGAAUCCUCCAUCCAGAACCCUCCACACAGAACCCUCCACCCAGAACCCUCCACCCAAAACCUUCCACACAGAACCCUCCACACAGAAUCCUCCACACAGAAUCCUCCACACAGAACCCUCCACACAGAACCCUCCAUCCAGAACCCUCCACACAGAACCCUCCACACAGAACCCUCCACACACAACCCUCCACACAGAAUCCUCCACCCAAAACCCUCCACCCAGAAUCUUCCACACAGAACCCUCCACCCAGAACCCUCCACACAGAACCCUCCACACAGAAUCCUCCACACAGAACCCUCCAUCCAGAACCCUCCACACAGAACCCUCCACACAGAACCCUCCACACACAACCCUCCACACAGAAUCCUCCACCCAAAACCCUCCACCCAGAAUCUUCCACACAGAACCCUCCACACAGAACCCUCCACACAGAAUCCUCCACACAGAACCCUCCAUCCAGAACCCUCCACCCAGAAUCCUCCAUCCAGAACCCUCCACACAGAACCCUCCACCCAGAACCCUCCACACAGAACCCUCCACACAGAACCCUCCAUCCAGAACCCUCCAUCCAGAACCCUCCACACAGAAUCCUCCAUCCAGAAUCCUCCACCCAGAAUCCUCCAUCCAGUACCCUCCAUCCAGAACCCUCCACACAGAAUCCUCCACCCAGAAUCCUCCAUCCAGAACCCUCCAUCCAGAACCCUCCACACAGAAUCCUCCAUCCAGAACCCUCCACACAGAACCCUCCACACAGAAUCUUCCACCCAGAGCCCUCCACCCAGAACUGUCCAUCCAGAACCCUCCACACAGAAUCUUCCACACAGAAUCUUCCACCCAGAGCCCUCCACCCAGAACUGUCCAUCCAGAACGGUUCAUCCAGAACUCUCCACACAGAAUCCUCCACACAGAACCCUCCACACAGAAUCCUCCACACAGAACCCUCCACCCAGAAUCCUCCAUCCAGAACCCUCCACCCAGAACCCUCCACACAGAAUCCUCCACCAGAACCCUCCACACAGAACCCUCCACACAGAACCCUCCACACAGAAUCCUCCACACAGAACCCUCCACCCAGAAUCCUCCAUCCAGAACCCUCCACCCAGAACCCUCCACACAGAAUCCUCCAUCCAGAACCCUCCACACAGAAUCUUACACCCAGAGCCCUCCACCCAGAACCGUCCAUCCAGAACUCUCCACACAGAAUCUUCCACCCAGAGCCCUCCACCCAGAACUGUCCAUCCAGAACGGUUCAUCCAGAACUCUCCACACAGAAUCCUCCACCCAGAACUGUCCACCCAGAACUGUCCAUCCAGAACGGUUCAUCCAGAACUCUCCACACAGAAUCCUCCACCCAGAACUGUCCACCCAGAACUGUCCAUCCAGAACUCUCCACACAGAAUCCUCCACACAGAAUCUUCCACCCAGAACUGUCCAUCCAGAACGGUUCAUCCAGAACUCUCCACACAGAAUCCUCCACACAGAACCCUUCAUCCAGAACCCUCCACAUAGAACCCUCCAUCCAGAACCCUCCACCCAGAAGUGUCAAUACAGAACCCUCCACACAGAAUCUUCAACCCAGAACGACAGCAGCCCCAGGAGGUCUACACCAGACCCCUUACUGCUCCUAGAGCGCUGCCAGGUGGCCCCUGAACCCCUUACUGCUCCAGUUUUCUGUUCGUGUCGAAUACUGGGUAUUGUAGUUUGUUUUGGGUUUUUAUUCCAACAAGUUGCAGUGAGACAGGAUGAACACAGAUGACC